AUGCAUAAUUUUAAAAAAUACGACAAGACAGUCAAUUUUGAAAAUAGAUCACGCAAGCGAGACAAAAGUCCAUAUCCAGGAAGAACAGAUCACGAAGGCAGGAACAAUUAUAGGGAAAAAAGUCCUUAUCCCGAUAGGUACGACAACUAUAAGCUCAGAGAAAGUAGUAGAGAUAGAUACAAUAACAAUAAAUAUAGAAAUAACAGUAGAGAAAUGAGCAAUAAUAGAGAUAGGUCUGACUCAAGAAAUAGGGAAAACUUCUACGACAGAUCCAGAGAUAGAGAUAGUUAUAAGAACAGAAAUCGUGAAAAUGACAUAAGUAGGAAACAGCACAGUAGGGAAAACAGCAGAGAAAGAUAUUCAAGAUCCACGACGCCGGAAGGAUUUAACAGAAGAGAAAAAAUAACAUGCUACAAAUGCAAUAAUAAAGGACACUAUGCUAGCGAUUGCAAUUUUUCAAAAAACGAAUAG